AUGUUUGUUGUUUUAUUGGCAAUUGACAGAUACUGUGCCAUGUGCCGUUCCAAUUGGUGUGCACGUUAUAGAAAUUAUCGAACAGCAAUAGCUCUUUCUUUGUGUGCCUGGAUAUUUGCAGGAGCUUCAGCUUCACCACUUUAUUUUUUUGCUGAAGUUGCUUUUUUGCGUUUGCGCUCAGUAGAAAAAGUGCAUAAAUUAUGUAUAGCAAAAUGGCCAAAUUCUGACGUUGCUAGAUGGUAA